AUGGAAAGAGACAGAAAAGAGAAAGAAAGAGGAAGGAAGCGUAAGCGACAACGAAAAGUUACGGUAACAACGCCUUUUACCACAAGAAUGUUACCUGCAAACUAAAUAAGUAAAACCCAAGAUCCAUACUUACCUUGACCUUGCUUGAUUAUGUUUCAUACAAAGAAGACUGAAAAUACCAGUAUCACCACGGCCCAACCUAUUUUAAAAGUGUUUACCCUAAUGGGCCACUUGUCUUGUAUGCAGACUUUAACUACCUUUACCUUAUUAAUUUAUAAUAUUUCUUAUUUAUUUAUUUAUUUAUUUAUUUAUUUAUUGCAGGAGGAUGUGCUUGAAGAUUUAGCAAACAGUUUGAGAGGCUUAAGUUCCAAUGAAAACACGCCAACAAAAAAGGUGAAAGUUCUCAAAAUUGAAGAAGAUGAAAGAAAAAGCACCAAGAAAGCUCUUUUUGAUGACAAGUGAGUUUACACAAAUUUAAUGGAAAAUGCUUCAAUUUUGAUUGUUGGAUGGUUACUUAAUGCAGCAGCAAGAGUUUUUGCUUCAGAGAGUUCGAAAGUUAGAUUAUACAGCAUCAUAGGCAUGCACUGCGUGCAGAGAGUUAGAUUAUACAACAUCAUAGGCAUGCAAUGCACACAAAUUAGAUGAGACACAGUGAUCGAACUUUUCUCGUUUUUGAUGUAUCAUUUUGUCCUUUUCAGGGAAGGUAUGCUUAUACAGAAAGGUAACAGGACAUAUCUGAACCAGGAGGAGAUUGAUGACAUGGAAGAUACCAUGGUUAAAGCAGUUCCACCCACUCCCAAUGGCCCAGCUAAAUAUGAAGUCCUGUACAAUGAGAAGGACCCUCUGUCAGCUGUUGCAGAUGACUGGAACUGGGGUCGCGCACAGCCAUGUAAAAGAAAGGAUUUCUGUGAGGGAGGAAGACGCACCUUACAGAUCUGUCAAGGCUCCAUGGAAUGCCCUAAUCUUUCCUGUCCUUUUAAGAAGAUCCACAAAGCAACUAAUAAGGUUGACUUCACUAAGAAGAAAACCUGUUUACAUUGCAAAGCAGUAGCAUCAGAAAUAAAAUGUUCUGCGCGCAAAUAUGUGGAAAAUGACAGGUGCCACACAAAAAUGAAAGUGAUUUACAUCGGUGAGCACUCUUGUCAACCAAGGGUGCGAGAGAGGAAGCCUGACAAAAGCAAAGUUGAAAAGGUUGUGCGUGUUCGACCCACCAUUACGCCAGGUCAGCUACAAAUGGAGACUGUAAGGGAAGCCCUGUUAAGUGGAAAAAGUGGAGAGGAGGUUGCUGAUGUUGCCAUGCAGUACAGCAACAGAAGGCACCUCCAAUACAUUCAAACUAAAAUGCAAGAAACAACAAGACCUGGCGGAUCAGACAUUGAAGCUGUGCGUGUCUUAAAGGAGGACUUUGCGAAGCGUGGUUUAGACAACAAUUUAAUACUUGAAGUUGGCCAUGACUUUGUCAUUCUUUCUUCCGAAGAGAAAAUUCGUCUUGGGGCCCAUAUAACACUGGGCAUGGUUCAUGAGCCAGUAAGUUUGGAUGGUUGUGAAAGCCAUGCAAAAAACUACUCAGAGGUUGAAAUGACAACCUAUUAUCCUCUAAUAAGAAGAAACGUUAAGCUUGUCAGUAUGUUUGCCCCAAAGCCUGGCGAGAAUUCGGAUAACGUUGCAAAGAUGGUUUCAUCAUUUGAUGAAGCAGUUAACAAAAUUUUACCUCGUGUGGCUGAAGAGCAUGGCCACAAUCCAGAAGACUUCAGAGGGCGUGGCUUGGAUGCCCAUGCGUAUGUUGGGGAUGAGGGUGGUGCCCUCUGGAGUGGCCUUUGCAAGGCCAAAGGCAACGAUGUCAAAGACAGAACAGUAUCAGACACUUAUCAUGUUAAACAGGACAUACAUCGCCACCAAAAGUACUUCAGGGAUGCAUCUGAUAAGACAUCGUUUUCAAAGAUUAUGUCUGAUGCAAUGAAUGCCCCAACCUCUAUACAGGCAGACGUAGCUGAGAAAGCCCUAGAUAAACUUAUUGCAACAAAGGCAACCGAUAAAAAGAAGAUGACAAAUUUCAAGAAUUGGUGGUGGAGGAGAAGACUAAGGUGGCAGCGCUGGUGCAAAACAGAUGCAUCAAGUUCUGCGUCAUCUGCAGAAGUCGCAAACUCAAAAUCUAUCAGCGCUUCUGGUUAUCGCAAAAGACUCCUUGAUGUUGUCACGACAGAAUGUUCAUCAGCAAUUUUAGAAGCUGCGGAAAUUAAGCGCCAACAAAUUGGCCUUAAAACGGUGGGACGUGGGCCCUCAAUAGCAGAUCGUGAGGAACAGCAGGAACAAAACUUGUUUCAAGAUCAGCAAGCAUCUGCUGAUGCAGUUCAAUUUGUAGCAGCUAAUGCAGAAUCAUUAUUAGCACAGUCUAAUCCAAUGCAGAGUUUUGGAACGGCAAAAAGGCGAUUUUAG